AGCUAGCCUGCCAGUGUCAAGCGGUCUCGGAGUCAAAAAAGAAAAGAAAGAAAGAAAGAAAGAAAGAAAGAUGUCGUACGUGUUGAUACAGCACUUCCUGCUGUCUGACUGUUGCUGUGGUAUGAAUCUCCUCUGUACUACGGCGCUAAAAAUCCUCCGUCCUUCAUGAGAAAUGUCCAGAUGUGAGAGUGAAAGAAGGGUGGGAGAGCAGAGCUUCAAAGCAGGAACGAGCUGUGGUGGGCGUGUGGUGGCGGUCGUAGUGCUCCUGACCCUCUCUGCCGCCCACACGCUCGUUUGUUUUGAAGCGGGCUAUGGAUGGAUUGCGUUUACCUCCACUCAUCGAGGAGGCUUUGGACUCUACAGAUGAUCUAAGCGAGCUGAAAGCAGACAGCGGCCCCGACUUGGAGCACAUCACCGCCAAGGAACGAGGCGUCCUGGAAGAGAACAACGAGAAGGAGGACAUGGAGCAGGAGAGAGCUCGGGAUGAGGAAGAGGAGAAGAAGCUGAAGGAAGAAGGAGUCGAAGAUGAAGAGAAGAAGCUGACGGAAGAGCAGGAGCUGGAGGAACUGAAGGGCCAGGUGCUGCAGCUGCUGCUGGAGUUGGAGGACGCCAAGGAGACGUCCAGCAAGCAUCAGGAGAGCUUUUUGGAGCUUCAAGGAUUGUUGGAGGAUGAACGUCUGGUCAGCGCCCAUCAGGCCGAAGCUUUCACGCGUCAGAUCCAGAAUCUACAAGCCCAGCUGCGCUCAGUGCAGGAGGAGAUGGACAGCCUGGAGGAGGAAAAGGAGAGCGAGCUGGCCGAGGCGCAGGAGGAGCUGCGAGUGGCCCAGGAGGAGGUGCUCCUGCUCCAGCAGGCCGCCGAGGAGGCGGCAGCUGAGCGGGAGAACGACAUUGCCUCCCUGCAAGAGGAGCUAUGCCGGCGGCGGGCUGAGUUGCAGCGCCUCAGUGAGGAGACGCAGGAAUACGAGCUGGAGAUCACCACGCUAAGGGCAGAGAUCAGCAUGAAGAGCCAGCGCAGGGAGGCCGAGAGGAGGGAAGGUGACGUGGACCUGCUGAAGGAGGAGUGCCGCACACUGAGGGAUGAGUGCCAGAGCCUGAAGGAGGACAACCAGCGUCUCUCAGAGAAGCUGCAGCUGCUUUGGAGACAGAGAACAUGCUCCAGUGUGUACUUGUCACUGAAAGAGGAGGAUGCUGGAGAGGGCACUGAGACCGGCACAGACGACAUCAUGACGGAGAGCUACAUGACCAUGGCCCAGUCAGAGAACUGCCGCUUGGUGGAUGCCUCCAUUCAGAAGAACAUCUCCUUCGAUGGCAAGCCCAUGACGCCAACCGGCUGGAACGGCGGCAUCGGUGAGGUCUUCUCACUGAGGGACCAGCUGAAGCAGGCGGAGGAGAAGGCCUCGCAGGUUCAGAGAGAGUGUGACGGACUGAAGCAGGAGCUCCAGCAGCUGCAAGAGCUGUAUGACAUAAGUCAGAGGGAGAGGAACGAGCUGGAGGAGGAGCUUCAACGCUGCAAGGAAGAACUGGAGAAGUUGUCUGGUGGGGCUCAGAGAUUCAUCCAUCCGUCUGAGCACCCUGUUCUCUCCAUCCCCUUCAUAGGAAUGAUUGUAAUAGUGGCUGUGGUCUGGUGCUGGUUGUCGGAGCUGGCGUCCCAGAGAGCAAGGGGAGUGAGCUAGGUUGGAACUCCAUCUUGACCGUCACUGCAGCCGCCGCCGUGCUGCUAAUGAUGACUAGCUUGUUGAGGGCGCUCGUCCGAUGUUGACUGGGGUGGGGCGGCCACUUUUAAAAAGAGACGGACGUCAGCCUGAGAGCUUGUCUCCCGUCCUUGUCUGUUGACUCAACUGGAAUCUUCUCAAUGUGAUGGAGCCCCAAGUGUUAAGAGGCCUGGGGGAGGUACGACAUGACGCGUGCACACACACACACAGCGAGGAGGCUGAGGAUGCUGCCAUGACGACGGGCUGAGGACAUGAGGACACUGCCACUCCUCCUAUGUGAAUAGUAUCUCUAUUUUAGCCUUUUGUGUGCACCAGAUUUUUUUAAAUUUUAAUCGUUAUUUAUUGAUUUGCUUGGUUAACUAUUGUGAGAAAAUAUACAUGCAUUUAAUGCACUGAAAUGUACAUAUUCUUUGAUGGAUCGUAAACAUGUUUUGUUUUUUUUUGCCCCAAAAUGCAAUAAAUGCAAAAGACGGCAGACUUUACCCAUCACCAGCUCUGCUCUAUAUAAUAAUGUUGUAAUUGUCAGAGAUGAUGAGGCGAACAAAACACCCAACUCUGCAUGAUGUAGAUGUAUGUAUUAGGGGUGUAACGGUCCACCAUAAUCACUGAGGUUUAAUGUCAUUCAUUCAUUCAUUCAUUUUCUACCGCUUUUUCCUCACGAGGGUCGCGGGGGUGCUGGAGCCUAUACCAGCUGUCUUUGGGCGAGGCGGGGUACACCCUGGACUGGUCGCCAGCCAAUCACAGGGCACAUAUAGACAAACAACCAUUCACACUCACAUUCAUACCUAUGGACAAUUUGGAGUCACCAAUUAACCUAGCAUGUUUUUGGAAUGUGGGAGGAAACCGGAGUACCCGGAGAAAACCCACGCAUGCAAACUCCACACAGAGAUGUUUAAUGUCAUGGUUCAGUUAAUUUUCAGUACAGGUAGGGAACCUAAACGCAACACAAAUAGACAGGAUAUUUUUUUUGCAGUUUGUUGACAUUAAUUUCUUCUAUUCAAUCCAUCCAUUUUUUUACGCUUAUCUGGGUCCAGUUUCGAGGGGACAGCAGGGAGGUAUCCAGGAGGUAUCUGGACUGGAUGUCCGAACCACCUCAAAUGUCGAGGAGCAGGGGCUUUAAUCUGAGCUCCUCCUGGAUGAACCACCCUGCAGAGGAAAUUGUAUCCAUGUUCUCAUGACCAUAGGUGACGGUAGGAGCUUUGCCUUCUGGCUCUGCUCGGUCUUCACCAUGACAGUCCGGUAGAGUGACCACAUUAGCUUAGACGCUACACUGAUUCCCCCUCUGAUACUUGAACUCCUCCACCUGGUGUCAAGACCACUACUCCUAACUGGAAGGGUGCAAUCUACACUUUUCCAGCUGACUACCAUAACCUCAGAUUUGGAGUUGCUGAGUCUCACUCAUCUCAUGCUGGAAGCUUCAAACUCACAAACCUUGACGGUUCCAGCUUAAUGAGACCCCAUGAGAUCCUAAGUCCCCCAGACUGGACACCGUCAACGCCUUGGCCCCGGCUUUGAGUCUAAACUCGAGUCUAAACUGUCGGUUGAGAUGAGUUGAGAAGUUCAGAUGAGACAUUGUCGGAACUUCUCAACUUUUGACACCUUGUCAGGCUCCUUCACCAUCAGGCAGGUGAUGUUCCUAUCACGAGGUACUCCUCUUUAGGUCUCUCCUAAAGCUCUUUUCCAUUGGAUCUUCUGAAUGACUUGCUGGUUACAUCUAAAUGUACCGUUACACCCCAGUACUCGUAUGUGUGAGGAUGUUUCACUUUAGCUCCAGGCUGUUCCACUUCCUUCUUGCCAUUAUUGUCUCAUCUUCAACUCCCAAUCCCAAAAAUAAUUGUCACUGAUCAACCGUCCCAAAAUCAGCAUGAUGUUCUUUGAUGAAUUUUGUCUGCUCUCUGGGCACAAUAUUUUGUGUGUGUAUAUAUGUGUGCAAAAAAAAUAUAUAUAUAUAUCUCAGCAACUCUGUGGCCCGAUGGAAGCUUUUAAUGCCUUGCACCAACUAUUAAGACUUCUCUUACUCCGGGCUCUAAUUUCACGCUUGACAAAGUUCUGACAGAGCAAGUAGGGGUUAAAUGGCUCGCUUAAGUGUGCUGUGUCGUUGUUAACAAUUGUAAUUAUUGCAGGUACAUAACUGGGGAGAAUGCUGAAAGUCUGCAUUCACUUGUUUAGUGGCGACUCAGCGUUUUAAAAAAAAAAAAAAAAAAAAAAAAAGCUGCUUUAGACAAACAAACCAGAUAGAUCUGUAUUACACUUCCAUAAAGGUGGACAUAUUGUUCUUCUGUGGAAGGCUACUGUUUACUGGCGUUUUGGAACAUUCUUUUCCCCUGACAAGAAAAUUUAACUUUUAUACAUUUUGUGCAUUGAAGAUGCUAAAAAUCCACAUGUUAGCGGUACACCACAAUCACGGUUCGAUACGUAUAGCUCGGUUUUAAGGUCAUUUUGCAUACAGGAAUGUUCCCCGUCUUUACUGACCAAUUCCUGCACGCAGCUUUCAUCUUACUCAUUUAUUAUGUAUCGCAAGGCUCAUUUAAUGACAGAAUAGUGCUUUCGAGGUCUUGCUUCUCCUUGGCAUAACUGCUAUCUAUGACUCCUCCCCGCUAAAGGCUGCACUGUGUUGACGACAUGGCAAAGCAGUUACACUUCCUGUUUCUGUUCUGCACCGAAAAAUAGGAUUCUGUCCCCUUCCAGCCCUAAACAUGUGUGAAUCUUCUUUUAAGCAUGCUCAAGUCCAACCAUACGGGGUGGUAAAGUAGAAUUCAUGUCAGGUCAUGAUGAUGUCACUUUCUAUAUUUCCUGUAAAUAAGACAUACGGUACUACUAUAUAUGGGAGAGUUAUUUCCUAAAUUCCAUUUGUACUGGCUUUGUAGAAAGUUCUAUUUUGAAAAGAGCAUCAUAUAUUUGAUAUAGUCCGAUGUAAAAUGUCUAUUUAUGGUGACUUUUUGUUUCAAAGAAUAAUACUACAUAAUAAUACGUUUGUAUGUUGUGGCUGCAUGCAUUGAGAUUUGAACUUUAGAUGCCAGCAAUAUGACUCCAUGUCUUGCCUGUUCAAUUCUGCAAACUGUAUUCAAAUUGUUUGUCAUGAAAUGUGUUGAUGAGCUAGGAAAAGACGACGUCGUAACGGAAUAUUGUAUUUAAACUGAUCAGCUCUGAAUUAAACAUGCCAUUGACUGCAAUAGAACACAGAUGUCUGUUUUGUUUUUCUUUAGCUUUUUGUUGAUUUGUUAGUUUAAAUUGUACACCGUCAGAAAAUGGUGAUUUUUGACAAAAAUGAUAAGCGGUUAGCAUGUCGUUUUUUUGGGGGAGGGUUCAACUUGCUUCUAAUGCACUUUUCUGGUCAAAAAACACCUCACAUACACUCAACAGGGGCCCCAGAAGCACCCAAAAACGGCAUAAAAUGGCGGUGUUUGAGCGCGGUGAUUUUUAACCAAAAUCACAAGGGGUUAGCAUGUGUUUUUUAU